GGUUAGGCAGUAAAAAACAAAAACGAAACGAAAGCGACUGUCGUUCGAUUGUGAUUGGUUGAGAGACUGACGUCUGACGUCACGCGUUAAAACCGUAGGCAGUAACACGCACGAAAGACGAAAGACGAAGCGUCGUCUAUCGUCUAUCGUUUUUCGACCAAUUCCUUUGAAAUUCUUAGGCAGUAACACGAAAUGACAUUUCCAAUCGUUUUAAAAGCGACACGAUCGUUCGUUUUUGAGACGAUCGACAAAGGUGUCUCGUUUUGCCGCGAAGUCAACCGAAUCAACUUUAGUUAAAUAUCUUAAACUAUUAUUAAAUAUUAAAUAAAACUUCUAAGAUAUGUCUCGCAUGUGGACCGCCUUGAUGUUAGAAGCUGCAGAUGCCGAAGCUAAAAAGAUGUCUCGGCAGCGUGGGCAGCGUAUGCUUCUACAAAGAUUAAAGAAUCGCGAACGGUUACUCCAAAAAAUUCCGGAGUGGCAGUUUAGAGCUCAUUACAGGCUGAAUAAGGAAGAGUUCCACUCGUUGUGUGACGAGCUCAGGCACAAUACCAGUUUAAAAGGCUCGAAAACAACUUCACUGGAACUUAAGGUGCUGACAGCAUUGAACUUUUAUGCCAUGGGUUCAUAUCAGAAAGGUGUUGCUAAUGAGGUACACAUGAAUCAAAAAAGUGUAAGUCGGUGUAUCAGAGAGGUGACAAAAGCUCUGAAUGAGAUUUCAAAUAAAUGGAUACAAUUCCCACAAACAAGCACACAAAGAACUAAAAUUAAGCAAGGAUUUUAUACUAAGUUUAAUUUUCCUGGUGUAAUUGGUGCCAUUGAUUGCACCCAUGUGGCCAUAGUUCGUCCAGCUGCAGAUGUACUUUGUUUUUAUAACAGAAAAGGCUUUCAUUCUCUUAAUGUCCAAAUGGUAUGUGACAGUGAUCUCAGAAUCACUAAUGUUAAUGCCAAGUUUGAUGGUGCAAGUCACAACAGUCAUAUCUGGGCAAGUAGAAGACUGCAAAGCCAUAUGGAGGCUCUGCAACUAUCUGGCAAGUCAGUUUGGUUGUUGGGUGACAGUGGUUACCCUCAAAGGAUCUACCUUAUGACACCUAUUCUGAAUGCAGAACCAGGAUCUAGAGGAGAGAACUACACUAGAGUGCAUGUCAAGGCCCGAAACUGCAUAGAAAGGGCAUUUGGUUAAAUAUAGAUUUUGAUAUUUGUUAGGUCAGCAUAUCCUUUAUUAUCACCCUGAUUAUGCAGCAGAAAUUGUUAUUGCAUGUGUGGUACUGCAUAACAUGCUCAUAGAUUCAAGAGGAACUCCUACAGAUGAUGCAGAAGUACUUUUGUCCACUGCUCUUACACAACCAACUGUUGUUGAAAAUGGGCUGGAUGUGAUUGUGGGGCGGGCUGUUAGGAAUAGACUAAUUAUUGGCAGUUUUUAGUUUGGUUGAAGAAGCCCACACAAUAAUGUCUAAAAGUGUAUUUUUAAGAAGAAAUAUGAUGAAGAUGAAUGUUUUACAAAUUAAAAAUAAA